AUGCUUUCUUCUAUACAGAUAGUCUCGAAAGAAGACGCAGACGUUGAAAGAAGAAAAAUCUCCAAGAAGGAGAAGAAGAAGAAGAAGAAGAAGAACAAAGAGAAAGAGAAGAAGAAGAGGAACAAAGAGAAGAAGAAGGUGAAGGAGGAUGACGACGACGACGACGACGACGACGAUGACGACGAAAGCGCGGACUCAGAAGACUCGGACGAAGGCGAAGUAAAACGUGUUUCUGGAAAUUUGCAGUCGUCUACGAAAGGAGUUUUUGAAAACAAAACAGCGGAUGCACUUUUAUCGUCCAGAGAAGUAGAAAAGGAAGAAGACAAAGAUGGCUUCUUAGCUAAAGCUCUUCUCUCUUCGGACGUGACUGAAAAAGACACCAAGAGCAAGACUCAAAUCGAGCGAGAACGCGAGGAAGAGCGCGUUCGAGAAGUGUGCGCUUCGCGCGAGUUGGCAGGAAAAAGUGCGCGAGACGAUGGAGAACCGGUUGGGGUCGGCGACGGCGGCGCUAGUUGGCGAUUGAAAGCGUUGAGAAGAGCGAAAGAGAGGGCGGUAAAAGAGGGCCGAAAUCUCGAGGAAGAAGUACAAAAUCGUUUCGGGUCCGUUCGUCAACUCGUAUCAGGGAUAGGAGGAAAAGCUGCGCACGGCAGGUCACACUUGCACGCAAAGUAUGAAAGAAAAGGGGCGGAUGGCAGAAGAGGAGGAGUGAAGAGGAUCCACGACGACGACGACGACGACGAUGCGCUCAUUAAAUCUUCGCUUCGAGAGGCUAGCACUCAUCAUAAUCGAGCCGCUGAUGAGAGCAAGAAUAUGCCAGUAUCAUUCAACGCUUUCUCCUCGGACGGUUCCUUUAUGGACUCCUUUGACGAACAGAAACGACACCAACAAAAAGAACAAAAACAAAACCAACAACAGGAGGAACGAAAACCAUCACGAGAAGUAGAGGGAAACACGAGUGCGUAUACCAACACGGACGAUGUUCGUUCAAAUCUCCCAUCUUCCAAGAACCUGUCUGCAGCUCAAAUGCUACGCAUGCGUUUAGCCGGCGGCAAAAAAGGAGCUGCGAAGGGAAAGGAGGAAGAAAACGUCAGUUUGCCUCUUGUGACUGAAGAUGGCCGAGCAAUGCCCGGGGUCUUUGGUAAGCCUACAUCGCUUGAAAUGGAACACGACGAUGUGAAUCGCCGCGAAUUUAAAAAGCCAAAGCAGACGCAAAUGUACGAUGGAAAUCGAAGCGGUGAAAAAGUGCGAUAUUACCGAAACGACGAUGCUUCGCUUCGAGAUCUGGUUGCGCAGGAAAAACAUGGCGGCGAUAAAUUGUACGAGAAUUACGAUGCAAACGCGGCAGACAACAUUGCUAGGAAAAAGAAGUAUAAGGAAUCAGAUAUGAACGUCGACGAUGAAUACGAUCACGAUAUAGGAAUUGAAAUGUACGAAAACAGAAGAACAAAAAUGAGUCUUGCAAAGCAACAGCAAAAAGCAAAGCAAGAAUCGAUUCGAGACUUCAAGCAGAGUACACGCGUUCAGUCGAGAUGUUUGUUCUGCGAAGACUCUGAGAAUAUGCCUCGAAACAUGCAGAUAGCGCACGGCUACCAUACCUUUUUGAUGCUACCACCGGUGGGAAGACUUGUGCCUGGUCAUUGCGUGAUUGUACCCAAAGCGCACGCGCGUAGCACGAGACAGGUUGACGAAGACGUCUGGGAAGAGAUUCGAAACUUUAGAAAGUGUUUGGUGAAAAUGUUUGUCGCGCAAGGAAAAGAAUGCUGCUUUAUCGAAACGGCUAUGCAUCUCAAUUCGCCUUCGAAUAGAUUUCAUGCUGUCGUGGAAUGUAUUCCCUUGCAGUCGAAUUUGAUGGCGAAAGCUCGCAUGUAUUUCAAAAAAGCUAUGGACGAGUCAGAGUCAGAGUGGUCCCAACACAACUCCAAAAAAUGCUUGGAGAUGAAACCACCAAAAAAUUUGAAGACAAGCAUCCCAGAAAACUUCCCUUAUUUCGUCGUUGAGUUCAACAUGAGCGGAGGCUACUUACAUGCGAUCGACGAAGAGUCUCGCUGGAAUCGAGAUUUUGGAAUCGAGAUUUUGGGUGGUCUUUUAAAAAAAAAUUCUUCUUCAAAGAAAGAAAAAUUGGCGCCUGGCAAAUUGGAAAAAGAAAGAAGGGAGUUUCUCUCGAUGUGGGAGAAAUUCGAUUGGUCGAAGGCGCUGUAA